UAGUUGUGCUAAAAUUUUACUGGAUAUGCAAUCCAUCUGAAAGAUGGAUAACUAAGAAUUUGGUUAUGUUUUGUAUUAUAAAAAGAUCAUUACUAGUAGUACAGAAAUCACAAAGAGGACUGGUUUCGAAAGAUAAUAUCGACGUGAACAUUUUAUAAGGGCACAUAAACCAAUGAGAGAUUCUCUUUGUUUACUUUUUCUUCUGUUAAUAACACCUGAGUUUUCACGUUCACUUACCAAAUUUGCAUAUAGAAUGAAAGAAAAUAUCUCCAGCUUUGUAAUAGUAUCAUACAUGUAAAGAACAAUUGCGUAAUAACGCAGAUAUAAUCGAAAGAGAAAGUAAACAAAGAGAAUCUGUCAAUUUUUUUAAGGCCCUUUUGAAAUGUUCACGUCGAUAUAUCCUUUAUAUUUCACUGUAUUUCAUCAUCAGAAUCACAAAACACCUAUCGAACGGUCAUAAAUAACUAUGUUCCUGAGUAGAGUAAUAUUUGAACAUAUCUCUCAUUGUACAAGGCAGAUAUUGACAAAUGUUUCAUAAAGAAAUCUGGCACUUCUGCUUCAUUAGUGUAACUGAAAAAGUGUGGUUGAGUUUGAUUCCAGUUCAAAUUCCAAUUUCUUAAACAAAAUGGGUCGGCCCGGCAAAUCUGUACGUCAAAAGCUUUCAUUCCGAAAAGCAAAUGCUGAAAAUAUGGAAAAUAUGCAAAAUAUGGUAAUACCGAGAAAAGGAUAUGUUAUUCACCAUUCUAACCUCAAUUUCAUUACAGAUACAUUCGGAACAGUCAAACAAAACCACAGUUCCUGAAAAGAAACGUGGCGUUCAAAAUAAGAUACCCAGAAUCCUUCCGUUAAAGCGGAACAAAGAUAAUUAUGCUAAAUCAUGUUCGAAUGUUUGCAAUAUUCCGUCUACAAUUGACGUUCCAUCCAACAACAGGGAUCUUGAUGCAAACUCAGGACAGCAUCAAUUCUAUGAUCCGAUUAUUUCUAACAAAUCGAUCAAUUUUGCAGACCAAUUUUCGGAAAAUUCUCACAUUGUUCUCUCAUCUGACAAUGGAUCAAAUGUUUCGGCAACAGUUGUAGAAAGUUCGAAACAGUGUGAUAUAAUUGCUCCCAUCUCCGUUGAAGCAUUACCAGAAGAAUAUUGUGAGAAUAAGCCAAGCAGAGAUUCUGAAAAGUUGGUUGAGGAGCUACCAGAUACUAUUGAUAAACAGUCCGUUGAAAUCAAAUCACUUCAUGUUGAAAACUCAAAGUUACGUACGUUAAACAUGCUCCUACAGGAAUCUCUAUUACAAAAGGGAAAUGAAGGAUCCUUUACUGAUAUUCCAGGAUAUCCAAGCACUGAAUGGCUGUUAAGUGUAUCUCAAAAUUCUGGAGACAGUGAUUAUUUGUUUAUAAAAGAGCUUAUGCUUCAAUUGUUCCUGCAAGGAAUUGGAAAUGCAACGGUUACUGGUAGGCCCUCUAACAACCCACACGGAUGUAAAAAGGAACCGAUAAAUAAGGAUUCCAACGUUCAGCGAAUCAAUAAGUUGGAUCCGGAAAAAGUAAAAUACAUGAAGGAUCGCGUUUACGAAAGGCGACAUAUUCUUCAAGAUCCCGUUGGAAUUGCAAUGACGAAGGCGAAGAUGAUUAAUAAACACAUUGCAAAUGUUAUUGCGAACAAUCCAUCACUGCGCAAUGAACCGAAGCCAUUGGGUAAACCAUUCGAAUAAUGUAUUGAUGUUAUUUGUUUUAUAUAUGUGAAGAAACAGUGAAUUUUUAUAAUUAAAA